CUUAACACUUUGCGGAGAACUGAGACGCCACACUGAGCUCUGGAAGCUAGCUGUGACAGACAAAAGCCACACACACGUAUAUACUCAAAAUGGAUUGCAAAGUUCUGGCGGUCGUGACUCUUUUGGCGGUGACCAUUUGGAGCCCGGAAACUGAGGCAAAGCCCAUCAGUUUGGUUGAGAGAUGCUGGUGCCGGUCGACUCUACACACCGUCCCGCAGCGGAGCAUCCGAGAGAUCAAGUUCCUCCACACACCCAGCUGCCCCUUCCAAGUCAUUGCCAAGCUGAAGAACAACAGAGAGGUCUGCAUCAACCCCAAGACCAAAUGGCUGCAGCACUAUCUAAAGAAUGCCAUUAACAAAAUAAAGGCCAAGAAACGUUCAGAGUAAACUAAUAGAGAGACGCAGAGGACCAGUGUGAAUCUAACAUGCAAAGAGACACAUGAAACUCGUCUAUUCUCUCUCUCUCUCUCUCUCUCUCUCUCUCUCUCUCUCUUUCGCUCGCUCAGAGUUCUCUCUAUUUGGACUGCUUGCACAAACAGCACUUCACCUGAUCCUGCCUCUCGCGCCGGGGCAGCCAGCAGCUCACCAAAACACAGCCCAUCACCUUCAUUCUGCAGCACUGAUAGUGUUAGAUGUGUGUUUGUGUACAGACUGAAUGUGUUUUUUGAUAUUUCACAGAUAUUUACAGGUUUUUGCUACUUAAGGGACAGUAAAUGAAGAGUUUGUGGAUUUGUGUCAUAGCCGUGAAGGACUUUGGGAAUUAUUUGAGAAUGUUUAUGAGGGAGAGAAGGAGAAACGUAAUGUAGAAAAGUGGGAAAAUCGAAUCAAUGCCUCAUAUUUACACUUUUAGUGCUUAAGGCUCUGCACACCAGCUCUGUUACACAAUGAAAGUCUUCCUUUCUUUUACCGGUGUGUGAACUCAGAGGAACACAAGACACUGAAUUUCAACAUAUAUGAAGUUUAUAGAGCAGAUAUACUGUACAGGUUUUGUUAAUGCGAUCACGCCACGGCAGCUUAAAACUUCACAGACUUUUGAGUGCCCUUGUUGUGGAUCCCACCAGUUGCGAUUUCGGUCGAAGUAGAACAAUUGGCAAAUGGUUUCGUGAAAAUAAUCUCCGGCAUUAUACGGCUGUCUGUGAACACAGGUUGAAUGGGGACCAAACCUGAACCACGAAAAUGCAAGCAAUUAGUCGACUAAAUUAAUGUUAGUAUGUAUUUCGAAUAUAUCAUCUUUAGCCACGGCAUUAUGGGACAUAACUGUGAUUUUUGUGAGACUAACGUGUUUAGCUAACAAACUUUAUUUCCGUUCUUAACGUUUUGACUCGAAUGCCCGAAUGCUGUUACUUUGUGAGCCACUUUAAAAAUGUCUUAAGUUUCUAAUGUAAUGAUUUAUUUUUGUAUUUUUUAUUGUUUAAUAUGAAUAAAAACACAAUACAGUUUGAA